AGUGGUGCGGGACCGGAAGACGUCCACCACCCCCGCAGGGUUCAAGUUGGUUGGGUCUGGGCCAGACUCGCUCAACGGAUGCCAUGGCACGGAACUUUCCUUUGCCUUUCCGCUCGCUGCCCUUGCUCCCUUUCAAGAUUAUCGAAUCUGAAUUGAGCAGAGCUUGCAACCAGUUGGUUUCUUCAGAUGCACCGAGCAUGCUGCCAGUGCCGGACCACAUCAGGCAGGAGGCUCAGCGCAUUUGGCAGAGCCUUUUAGACAUGCAUGAGAAGCAUGAACAGCAUGAGAAUGAGAUCUUGGAGGCUCAGGCCUGGUCACUUCUACUCUCCAAGGUGCAAGCUGAAGCCCUGGAUCGUGCCCAUGUGCCUCAUCCACCCGUGAUGAUCCCGGUGACCGAGGAGCAGCUGAGCUUUUGGCAUCGCUUCGCCAUGGAGGUGGAAUUCCUUCCACCGGAGGAGCUGGAGGAUCUAGAGCUUUUGGAGGCCAUCUCCGAGGAGUGGACAGGAGCAGCCAGCAUCGCCGAAGCCAUACGCCUGCAUAGAGCUAUACGUGGACAUGUGGAGAGCAUGCAGGGCCUAAAGGUCUGCAUCCUGGGGCCCAGCUCCUCCUGCGAAUAUCAUCUGGGCAUCGAGGUCUUGGAAGAGAAGUUGCUGACCAUCUUGGGCGAUGGCGAUCUCCAGCUGAUGUUUUGUGGGCCGGAAGUGCCUACUGCCCGCAGCAGCCAGCGAGGCAAGCUUCAGCUGGAGCAUCGGCCAGGUCUAUGGCACGAACAGCCAGAAGCGGGAGUGGUGGCGGGCACAGCGGCCGCAGCGUCGUGGGAGUUGUUCAUCGCCUUAAAUGCCGGCACAUCUCUGAGGGAAUACCAAGAGCAGUGGCGAGAGACCUUCAUGAAGCUCCCUCAAAGCUCGAUGAUCUACAUCACUGGUUACAACCUUUUGGAAGUUCAGGAGGCCAAUAGAGAUUUGAGGACUGGCAUGGACAGGUGGCCGGAUGAGCUGGAUGAGGCAACUUGCCGUGUUUGUCGAAGUGGCACUUUGAAGGGCUUUGAUCGAGUUGAGCUGGGAACAACGCCUGCCAGCUUUCCUGGGAAGGCCAACUACGCGGAAUGCAUUGUGCCAGGACUUGGUGGGCUUGGUGCUGGUCUCCCUGUUGAACCAUGGUGGCCGAUCUUCGCACGAAGCUAGAAGACUUGCUCCCCUGUCUUGGCGCUUCCCUGCUGGCCGGAGCUUCCAUUCAGCAGAAUUGCACAAAACACAUCAGAUGGCACAAUCAGAAGCCUCCUUGACGACGACCCGAAGGCCAGACCCUAAGAGUCUAGUGGCUUUUGUGGACUUGUCGCGAUGGACUGCGGCCUUCUUUGGUCUACAGCGACGACUGCCACGUUGGACUCUGCCAGACUUCAACGAACGUCCACGAGAUGCACGUCUUCCACUCGCUGCAACCGUUGCCAAGAGGAGACGCAAGGCCUUGCCCCACAAGGGAUGGGGCUCCAGCACUCUGUUUCGUCCUGGUGCACGGCCUGCUGCGUACCUACCAGAAACAGCAUGAAAGUCACUUGAGUCCACCUAGAAGUGGGAAAAUCCGGUAGAGAAGCUCCCGGGCAAGCUGAGAUUGAGCUUCUCGCCUGGUUCCAAAGUGAAGGUGCGGGCGUCAGCUGUAGGCUGCUUGCGCUAGCUGCGGGCAUCGAUUUGAUUGUUUUUGCCCUCUGGCAUUACACGUCAUGCCUGGUGUCAGAGCCAAGGCUUCAACCUGCAGCAACGUGACCUGAGAGCUUUGACAAAGAGCAGCCCUUCCGGAACCACCUUAGCGAGG